AUGACCUCAACUGGAAAAGGUGUAACAGUAUGUGCCAAAGUAUGUCCUGCAUACAACACACAUGUAUAUGGGUUUGAUUCAAGCUUACUGAUACCAUCCAUCUUCACUUCUUCUCUUUAUACCUACAAACUAGUUAUGACUUCUGUUUUCCCAUUAUUGAAAAUUGGUCCAUUUAAUGAAUACCCAGAUGAGUAUAGUUCUGUGGAUGCCGCAGAUGCUCUAAGAAAUUCCAAAGUCCUAGUAAUUGGUGCUGGUGGAUUAGGUUGCGAAAUACUUAAGAACUUGGCGUUAACGGGGUUUAAGAGCAUAGAAGUAAUUGACAUGGAUACUAUAGACAUUUCCAAUCUAAAUAGGCAAUUCUUGUUUCGAGAAUCAGACGUAGGAAGACCGAAAGCAGAGGUAGCUGCAGAAUUUAUCAGACAGAGAAUACGGGACCCCUCAUUGAGUAUUGUUCCAUUCUUUGGCAAGAUUCAAGAUAAGCCAUUGGAGUAUUACAAACAAUUUACCGUUGUUAUAUGCGGAUUAGAUAGUGUAGAAGCCCGUAGAUGGAUAAAUGCCACUCUAGUGGGACUUGUAGAUGAGGAAUUGAACAAUUUAAUACCGCUUGUCGAUGGGGGUACGGAAGGUUUCAGAGGACAGGCCAGAGUUAUUCUUCCCACAUUGACUUCAUGUUACGAGUGCUCACUAGAUAUGUUGCUGACGAAACAAACAUACCCAGUGUGCACUAUUGCUAAUACUCCUAGACUCCCAGAACAUUGUAUAGAAUGGGCGAAUGCAUUAGAAUGGCCAGUACAUUUCUCUGGGCUAAAAUUCGACGCAGACAACCCGGAGCAUUUGGAUUGGAUGUACGAAGCUUCAUUAAAGAGAGCAAAGUUGUUCAAUAUAAAGGGAGUUACCAGAAGCUUAACUUUAGGUGUAGUAAAGAACAUAAUACCAGCAAUUGCAGCAACGAAUGCAAUAGUAGCUGCUUCCUGUUGCAAUGAAGUAUUCAAGAUAGUUACUAACCUGAAUCCUAUCUUGAACAACUACAUGAUGUAUUCUGGAGAUGAUUCGAUUUUCACGUACACUUUCAGUCACACCAAAAAGAAGGAUUGCUCUGUUUGUGGGAACACUGCUAAGACAACGAUAGCUCAGAAAUGGUGGACCUUACAGGAUUUCAUUUCCCAGUUAAGUAAGAACCAAGAAAUUCAAAUGAAAAGGCCUUCGUUGACGACUUCCACACAGCAACUAUACCUUCGUGCACCUGAGGCACUUGAAGAGGCAACUAGGGGUAAUUUAAUCAAGAAAUUAUCAGACUUGAUUGAACCAAUGGAGGAAAUACUAGUGACUGACCCAAGUUUGCCAAUAUCUUUAAAGGUGCGUGUUCACUUUGAAGGACCAGAAGAAAAGCCCGACACCAUUAGCGCUUUGAUGUCUGAUGUAUAG